AUGGCAUUAUUAUCGAAUGAAAAUUUAAUUCAUGUAUUAGAUUAUAUGUUAGAUGCAAUGAAUUUAUAUUUAUCAUUAAUUAUUUUUAUAUUUGGAACAGUUGGAAAUAUUUUAAAUUGUUUAGUUUUAUCACAACGAACAUUUCAUUCAAAUCCAUGUGCAUUCUAUUUUUUAAUUUCAUCUAUUGUUAAUCUUAUUUCUAUUAUAUUUGGUCUUACAACUAAAAUUAUGGCUAGUUGGCAUCUUGAUCCAACAGAAACAAAUAAUUGGAUUUGUAAAAUUCGUGUUUUUAUUGUAUUUACAUCACGAACUAUGGGUAUAUGGUUAAUUAUGUUAGCUUCUAUUGAUCGAUGGUUAUUAUCAUCUCGAAGUGGUUAUCGACGAGAUUUAAGUAAUAUAAAAAUUGCAAAAUUAGGUAUUAUUAUAAGUUUUCUUCUAUCAAAUAUUGUUUUUAUUCAUAUGAUUUAUUGUUAUGAAGCAAAUAUAUUAGAUGCACCAUUAAAAUGUUAUGGAAAAAAUAUAACAUGUCGUUUAAUAACAGAUUUAAUUUAUGGAUUAGUUACAAUAUUAAUUCCAUUAUUAUUAAUGAUUCUAUUUAGUAUAAUGAUUAUUUCAAAUAUUCAACAUUUACGUCAUCGUAUAAAAGUUGUAACUGUUGUAACAGUACGAACACCAUUACAAAUUAAAUCUAUAAAAUUAAAAAGAACUGAUCAUCAUUUACUUCGUAUGCUUUUAAUACAAGUUCUUCUUUUACUUAUAUUUUGUAUGCCACAAGCAUUACAUAAAUUUUAUAUUACAUUUAAAUCAACUAAUUCAAUGAAUAAUUGGCAAGAUGCAUUAAAUCAUUUUUUAUAUAAUCUUGAUGUUAUUCUUGCUUUUAUUGCAAGUGGUAUGCCAUUUUAUCUUUAUACAUUAGCAGAUAGAACGGUUUUUCGUAGAGCAUUUUAUGAAUUAUUACAAAUGUUUCAUCGAAAAAUAAAAUGUCAAUGA